CAGUGAACGAAAUACAACAAACCAACAAAAAGGUAAUAAUCAGUCGGUUAGCAAAUCCCAAAGGCCAAAUCUUUUUGUGUCACUGAUUCGCUAUCAUAAACCCAAAUUGUCGGUGUCUCUUUGUAAAGGGUUUUUGUAGGGUUUCCCUUUCUCCUUAUACACGAAACUAACAUUUAUGUAUGAGAUAUAAUAAUACAAACUUCCAAAGAAGGGGACAGAUAAGGAAGUAAUGGGUUCUUUAACAAAUAGUAAAGAUGAAGAAAGAGCCAGAGAAGAUGAAGAAGAAGAGCCAAUACUUAAAGAACAGAACCAGAGAUUUUGUAUGUUUCCCAUCAGAUAUAAGUCACUUUGGGAGAUGUACAAGAAGGCUGAGGCCAGUUUUUGGACAGCUGAGGAGGUCGAUCUUUCUCAAGAUGUGCAGCAAUGGGAAACCCUCUCUGUUUCCGAGAAACACUUCAUUAGCCAUGUAUUAGCGUUUUUUGCUGCAUCUGAUGGGAUUGUUUUGGAGAACCUAGCAGCAAGAUUUCUAAACGAUAUUCAAGUUCCAGAGGCCCGUGCAUUUUAUGGAUUUCAAAUUGCAAUGGAAAAUAUUCAUUCUGAGAUGUACAGCUUGCUUUUGGAGACGUACAUCAAGGACUCAAGGGAGAAGAAUAGGUUGUUUAAUGCUAUUGAAACCAUUCCUUGUGUGGCUAGGAAGGCCAAGUGGGCAUUGGACUGGAUUCAUAGUUCCUCAUUGUAUGCAGAGAGGCUUGUUGCUUUUGCGUGUGUUGAAGGAAUCUUUUUCUCAGGAAGCUUCUGUGCCAUUUUCUGGCUUAAAAAGAGGGGCUUGAUGCCAGGAUUGACAUUCUCAAAUGAGCUAAUAUCCAGAGAUGAAGGCCUGCAUUGUGACUUUGCUUGCCUUCUUUAUAGUUUGUUGCAGAAGCAACUUCAGUGGCAAAAGGUUCAGCAAAUUGUUCAUGAAGCAGUGGAAAUUGAAACUGAAUUCGUCUGUGAUGCCCUCCCAUGUGCAUUAAUUGGCAUGAAUUCGACACUCAUGAGCCAGUAUAUUAAGUUUGUUGCUGAUCGUCUGUUGGUUGCCUUAGGUUAUCAGAGGAAGUAUAAUGUGGAAAAUCCCUUUGAUUGGAUGGAAUUUAUUUCUUUGCAUCCUUUGGCAAGACAGGUUUGUCCUUCACAAGUAGCAUUUACCCCUAACUAAACCUCAUCAAACUCCGUGCUGGUUUGAUUUUGGGCCGAGCUAGGCUUCAAGUUUUCACCUGCAUGGCCUCAAAAGGGAUAGAGAUGCAUGCUUUCACUAUUGGGCAGCUUGGCCUUGUGAAACGCCAUGCGCCCAGAUGAUCAUAGGGCUUCAUCAGGGCCGAAGAAGAAAAUUACAUGUCCAAGCCCAUGCAUGAGGUUGAGGUACCCAGGCUAAUGAUCAGGUCCCCCAAUUUUCUGGACGUUAGUUUCAUUUUUAGACCCCUUGCUUAUAGCAACUUCUGGCGUCUCAUUGUUAGGCGGAUUGUAGGCAACAAACUUAUAUAACAGCAAGAUAUUUGUACAAAAGAGAAUGUGCUCCUUUCUUUUCGCCAUCGCAUUAAAUUUUAAACUGAAUAAGUUUGACCUUACAGAGCACUCAGAUAAAGCAGUGAUUUUACCCAGCUAAUAUUAGCUAAAUAUGCCUGUAAAGAUUGUGGUUCUUGUUAUAGUGCUGUGUCUUUGUAAUGUUCAUCACAUUAAAUGUCGAGGCGACUCAUUUAGGGGGCAUUUUGAAAAAAAAAAAAAAAAGCCAAGUUCUUGACUUUAGAACCAAUGCAUUUUGGACACGCUGAAAGCACUAUGGUGUCUUGCACUUGUAGGAGUAUUAAGUAUGAUUAUGAUGGUUUUUACUUGGUUUUGUAUAUUUAACUGUGCAGAGGGAAGGCAAAUUUUUUCGAGAGAAGGGUAGGAGAUUAUCAGAAGGCAUCUGUUAUGUCAAGCCUUCAAGAUGGUGGGAAAAACUUCGUCUUUAAAAUGGACGAAGACUUCUAGUCUAAGAUGAUGCAACUAUAAGUAUGGUAGAUCUGCUGAAAGCAGGCAUCAAAAUUUUGCUACUAUUCUUUAUAGUGACGUAUUUGUUUAUAGUAACAUUUACAAGCAAUUUCAAGGUGUCGAGCCCACAUGGUAAUUUUUCUUUAUUUAUGUUGGGCCCGGCUUGAAACUUGGCAUAUGUACAAGCAUUCUAUCUACUGCUAUAUUAUAUCUGUUACUUCUGGUGGUGCUCAUUAUCAGGAAAGCAUCAUUUUAUGUUCUCAA